GUGGUUCAGGACAUCAGCGCUUACGCACACUUGCGAACCGCGGCGCAUCCGCCAGAGCCGGAGCGCCUUCACUCACUGUGGCGAUUAAAGUUGAGCUGAUGACCUGCGAGCAUCCUCCGGGGAAACUGUGCAUUUGACUGGCUUAACGAGCGUCAGUUUCCAUCUCUUCAGCACAGAUCAUUUGUUGCUGCCUCGGCUCUGCUGUACAAGUCCGAAGGUUGCGUUUGAAAGCCCAGACGCACACUGACGGAUCCGGACAGACUCCGACACAGCAACACAGAUGGACUGGCUCACACCUGAGAUGUGAAGUGUGUUAUGUGAGCCAAGGUGUUUUCCCACCUCACUGGUGGUGGGGAGAUAUGCUGCGCUCCGUUGCCAUGACAGCAGAAGUUCUCUUUGUUCUUGGGUUCCUGAUGAGCGCCGCACAGUCUAAUCCUAUAGCGACCUUACCAGCGAGCCGAGAACGUCUGGAAAAGGUGUUGACCCAAGCCAGGGAGGACAAACAUCAGGACAAGCAGGCCCCUGAGCAGACGGCGGGGUUUGGCGGUCAGCAGCAGCUGGAAAAGCCGGAAAUCAAUCCCGUGAGCUCCAACAGGACUGCCGUGAGCCGGACCAGGGCCAACCCCAGCUCCAAGACACAAGGAUCUAACGGCGGGAAGUCCCAGGAGCAAUGGGAGCAAGAGACCCUGAAUCAAAUAGACGAGGGCCCCACGAGCGACGUCACCCUCUCCAUGGACCCCAUCGACGAGUACGCCUACCCGGACUACAGGGGGAAAGGCUGCAUGGACGAGAGCGGCUUUGUCUUUGCCAUCGGCGAGCAGUUCACCCCGGGCCCUUCCACGUGCCCUUGCCUCUGCACAGACGAGGGCCCUCUGUGCAGCAAGCCGGAAUGUCCCAAGGUUCACCCUCGCUGCAUUAAGGUGGACACUAGCCAAUGCUGCCCGCAGUGCAAGGAGAAAAAAAACUACUGCGAGUUUCGGGGCAAAAUCUACGCCUCGCUAGAGGAGUUUAAGGUGUCUCCAUGUGAGAAGUGCCGAUGUGAGCCAAGUGGGGAGGUGUUGUGCUCCGUGGCAGCCUGCCCACAGACGGAGUGUGUGGACCCGGAGUACGAGCCGGAUCAGUGCUGCCCCAUCUGCAAGAGCGGGCCAAACUGUUACGCGGACACCGCAGUGAUACCAGCCGGCCGCGAGGUGAAGAUUGAUGAGUGCACAAUCUGCUACUGCACAUACGAGGAGGGUACGUGGCAGAUUGAGCGACAAGCCACCUGCAGCAAGAACGAGUGCCAGCGCAGCUAAGACUGGCAUAGCCGCAGGGACGUUGGCCCACAACACCAGCGCCAAACCCGCAUGUAAACUCUGAGCCUUUCACCCAGUCUACUGGACAUCAGGGUCGGACAGCAGCCCUCCAGAAUUUCAGCAUUUAUAGUCACUCCAGUAUUACUGAAAAAAACGGCUUUUAUGAAGAUUUAUAAUCCACAUACAGAAUAUCUAUUUAUCUAUGUAUUAAAUUAUUUAUGAAUAUCUUACAAAUAUAGGAGUCAUUAAUGCUGAACUAGUGAAAGAAGUAUUUUUUAUAGGCUCUGUAUUUUAAUAAGCAAUGUAUUGGACCAGAGGUCAAUAAAACAACAGAAUGUAUAGAACACACACAGCUGUCUUUGAAGGUGAAAACCUCAAUGUCGGGACGCGUGGUGUCGUCUCAUAUUCUGACACCUGUUCGUUCCUCUACCACCAAAGUGCAGACUAGACUCCGCUUUAAGACACCGAGUAAAGAUGUGGCUGUGACGGAUCAAGUGCAGAGUUAGAAACAACAAGGAGACAACAGUAGGAAACUGAAGUGGAUGUGACUGUUCCCAGAUUUCUUUUAUCUUUCUGGAUGUUCCAAUGUGUUUUGAUUUGAAAGUGCUUUUUUUGUAUUUCUCUUGUUACUGUGUUCAUGUUUCAAAUAAAUGCCGAUCUGUGCUCCGUAAACGCUCCAAUGGUA